AUGAAGGUCUUUGAAAAGAACGAGAUUCACGCCUUAGCAUACUUCUAUUGCUUGCGUGACUCGGCCGAAUCACAGCGUGCAAGCCCGCAGAGUAUUCUGGCUUGUAUAGCGCAUCAACUCUCACGCCGCUCUCAGACUGACUCGAUUGCUCCUCCUACGCUGGCGCUGUAUAGCAAAAUGAGCUCCACAGAGGGCACAAAGCGAACACCAAUGUCGCGGAGCUAUCUGGGCUUAUCCGAGAAUUGA